AAAAGAUAAAGAGUGAGUGUGUGAGUGACAGAGAGGAAAAGAGAGUAAAAACAAAGCGAAUCAGAGACGCAGAGGAAAGACAGAGUAAUUUUUUCCUCCCUACUUCUUUUCCUCUCUUCUUGUCUUUUCGUGUUCUUUUUUCUGGUGAGCGCAUCGUAACACAAGAACAUUUUUUUUAAAACCUGGGACGGAUAAGAUACAGAGGCCAACCUUGCCCCUGAAGUAGUGGAGGCAAGGCGAGAAGUGUGUGCGUGUGUGUACAUCUCUGUCUCUCUCUAUUUAUCUUCUCUCCUCCAAUCUACUACGAACAAACUUUGUAGUAGUUAAUUUAGCAACAAUUUGGGGGGAAAAAACCCUACGGGUUGAAAGGAAUAUAACAAGAGUGACAUCAACACUUAAAUCCAUAAAGGUCUCUAAGAAAAAAUCCGGAAUAAACGUUUACAUAUUAAAAUAUGGAGACUUUGUGGCUGUCCCGAAGUUGCAGUGACGUACCCUGGGGAUUUCGAUUACAAGGGGGAUCGGAUUUUGCUAAGCCGCUAUCUGUUCAACGCAUCGGCGAUGCAACUAGUUGCUAUGCCAAGGAAGCAACUAAAAUCUCUCCUUCCUUCAAAAUUGUCUAUAAGGUGACAUCCGGAAGUAUUGCUGCAUCACGUCUAGAUGCCGGUGAUGUGAUUCUUAAGAUUGGCACCGCUAAUGCUUCUAAUUUGUCACACGGCGAAAGUCAAGACCUUAUAAGGGCAUGCGGAAACAAUUUGCAAUUGACUAUAAAGAAGGGAGGUGCCGAGGUGUUUUCACCGGUCACCAGUCCUCCGAGUUACGACCAGACUCCAGUUUAUCCGGUAUAUAAGAAUCCACCUCCGCGUCCAACUCAGCAAACUAUGUCACCUUCCAUUGCACCACAACAACAACAGUCGAUGUACAACAAUAACAUCAGUAACCAAUACCAAUCUCCUUUCGAUUAUUCUUCUGGCUUUCGCUCAAUUAGUGAUCCUUCAACUCAACCCAACAGCUACGGAUACAUUUCACCCGUAACCCCAACGCCGCGUCAGUACUACACAGAACCGACUGAUUCCUACCAUCACAGCCCUAAUGUUUACACUGAAAGCCGACCCCAAUACAGCGACAUGAAUUCAGUUAACCAAAGAACGACAGACUACAUGAACAAUGAUGUUCGUAACGAACCUUACUCUGUUGCUUCACAGUACAAACCAUCACCUGCUUCUCCUAUGUCGCCUCACUAUACCCAACCAAACGAUUAUGCUUCUUACAACAAUCGUGUCGCCGAAGUGAAACCUAAUAUAGGGUAUCAGUCGAGUGCUUUCACACCAACUUCGGCGGCGCAAAGUGCUUCCUAUUUUACAGACAGUCAUCCAAAUCUCCAGAAAUCACCGGUAACUAGUCCUGUUUACAAUGCUCAAGCAUUUGCUACAACUUCACCAACGUCUUAUAGAGAUCCUAGCAGAGAUUUUGAUGGUAGCUCAAGUCCAGUUCUCCAGAAACCUGUCUCAGCUGGUAUAUGUCAACUUAGGGAACGACCCGAAGAAAACCUGUAUUGGGCGAAACCUGUCAGUAUUACUAGUUCAGCUAAAACACCGGAAUACGGUUCUUCACAAAGUCCAAAUAUCUACAGUGAUAUUCACUCCCCAGAUAUAAGUCGCACGAAGUUUACUGCUCAUCCAGAAGAUGGAUUUAGCCGAGGAUAUGCUUCUCCUACCAUUAUUCAGUGUGGAGAACUACAGUCACCAGUUCGUACUAAUUCCUAUGUCGAACCUUCGGAAGCUGGGUUUUAUGAAUGUCAACCGAAAGCUGUCGCUACAGUACACGAACCGAAGUCUCCGUCUCCUACCAGUCCAAUUCAUUCACCACUCCCACCUCCACCCCCAACACAAGUACCACCUCCUGUAGCAGCACCACCACCACCUCCACCACCACCUCCUCCACCACCACCUCCACCACCAAUGAUGGCACCUAAUUGGAGGCCACCGAAAAAGGCGCCUGAUCAUGGCCAGAAUUCGAUGAAUCAGUAUGGUAAUGGUACAAGUGACCAGGAAAGCAGUGGGAAAGUUCCGGGCGCUUUGUUAAACACCAUGUUGAAGAACAAAGAUCAAAAGCCAUUUGCGUAUAUUCCUAGUGGAAUCGACCUGAAAGAACUUGCAGAGAAAAGAAAACAGCAUUACAAUCAAUCUGCCCGGAAAGGACCGAAGGUAGAUGUGCAGGCUGCAAAGAAGGAAGCAGCUGCCCACCAAGUACCAACCUACACACCACCACCACAGCAGCAGCAGCAGCAGCAGUCUUACCCUUCACCUCACAGUAGCAAUGCAAGCCCUAUUUCACCAACUUAUGCUAGGCAACCUCAUAGUCCCGUUACCCCUAUAACACCUGGGGCUGGUUCUGGAACUUUCGUUCAUGGCCAGUACAAUUCUCCACUAGGAUUGUAUUCUGCUGAAGCCGCUACUGAGGAAUUAGCUUGUCAGUCUGGAGGCGUUAUUACUGCUGUUGGUGGUGACAUGAAGAUUUCUGGUGGCCCGAAAUAUGAUCCCUGCAGGUUACCUGACAAACCCAAGAUAAAUUAUCGGGAUUCUGAAGUCUACAAGCUUAUCAAUGAAAACGAAUCAGCAAAGCGUGCUGAGGAGGCCCGACGUGCUGAAGAAGCUGCUGAUAUGAAAUUAACUGGCAGCAAUCCAUCGAAGCAGUCACUGUCCUUCAAAGUAUUGCAAUGGAUGACUGAUACUGAGAAACCUGCUGAAGAAGAAGAAACUACUACACCUACAGAUACAAAUACAUCUUAUGAUGCAGACUCUCACAUUGGUGCUGACCAGUAUGUUAGACAAGUUCCUCCUCCCUUAAAACAAAAACCUCCACCACCACCACCACCAAAGCCUGUAAGGUGUCCCCCUACGGCUGAACCUACUGAUGAUGUCUCAGUGUCUCGUAAGAAACAGAAGAACCCACUACUGCGUCACAACUCUGAAGAUGAUGAAAUGAGAUUCUCUGGUCUCCAUAGUAAGCGUGAUAUUCCGUCCAAGUCUUUUAAAAUGUUGCAGAAUUUAACUGUAUCAGAUAGUCAAGAUGAAGUCUCAUCACAAGACACUCAAGAUGAAGAUGGUGUUGGUAAUUAUUGUGAAGCAUCGAUCCGAUAUAAAGGAAAGCACAUUCCAUCACCAUCUUUCCGUGUCUUGCAGAACUGGGCAGAUACAGAUACUGACCCAACUCCAGAUUCUGGCUUGGAUACUGAAGAAGAAACUGUAGGCAACUCUGUUAUGAAUACUUCAAUCCGCUAUACAGGCAAAUGCAUUCCAUCCCCAACAUUCCAGGUAUUGAAAGCUUGGGCUGACAAAGAUGUACUCCCUAGUCCUAAAAUGAGGAAAUCUAGAUCAAAACCCAAACGCCCACCAAUAGAGGAGGAUGAGGACAAAAGUGAUGGUCCAGUAGAAGUACGAUACUCGGGUGGUAAUAUCCCUUCACGUGUCUUCAAAGUACUACAAAUGAGUGUUGGAGGAUCAGAUCCUAUUGAACCAACAAGCAGUGAAAACCCAAGUGAAGAUGAGGACAGAUCAACAAAGUCUUUACCACGCCAGUCUCGGUCUAUGAGAGUCAUCCAGAAAGCUAAAGUACCAGAAGAUUCUGGUUGCACAGAUUUCUAACCUUGAGUUGCUAUGUAGGAACUAGAUUUCAAUCUUUCUAUGUCUAAUUAUUAUUAUUUAUCUUAAAAAAAAAAAAAUUAAAAUGGGUAAAAAAAUAUUUGCAUUUUUCACUGUUUGAAAUUACUUUCGACUCCUUUACUUUGAACUUUUGGGCUUGCAUUCUUCUUUAUUAAACAUUUUCCUUUUCUCUCUCUCUCUCUCAUGCACGCAUGUGUGCACACGCACACGCACACACACACACACACACACACACACACACAUAUAUUAAGCUGCUUCCCAGCUAAAUAGGAAGUUAGCAUUUGUGUGCCCUGUGACAGUCUUCUACCCAUUAUUCUACUUUUUGAGGCAGUACCCUUCCUGUUGUCAAUCCUUUUAGUAACUUCUUGCAACACAAAAACAGAGCAUAUAUUUUUAAAGCCAGGAUACAUGUGCACACAAUGUAUGUGUACGUAUAAAUGAAAUGUUAUAAUUUUUUUAACAUACUAAAACCUAACAAUGACCAGGAUGAGAUCACAUUAAAUCCAAAGCCAGCCCAGCAGUGCCUUUUAAAAUUUUUUUUAAGUAUAAGGAGUAAAUUUACCAUUGUUAGGAACGGAAACGUGCCUAUCACCCAACUAGUUGUGU